AUGAAUUUAAAAAUUUGUGGAAGAUUGCAGAAAUCGACACACAGUCACUCGAAAAAAAAAAAUAUUAACAAUGAUGGAAUCAAUAUAACUCUGUUCACUGUUGUUGAUGUUUCUUCAGAUACUGUUGUUUGUGAUAGUGCAUUGUCCAAUGCACCAGACACAACUACUAGUCAUCCUCUGUGUUCAUCUUUAAACUAUCCUCAAACUUAUUUUGAUGUCUCAGAUUACACAGAUAAAGUUUUUCAAAUAAAGGAUGAUCCAUUAAAAGUUCAUGAACUUAUCCAAAAUGUUUAUAAACCUGAUCAUUCUUAUAAAUUUCCGAAAACAAAUAGGUCUUUUCGUUUUGAGUGGUUAACAAAGUUUUCCUGGUUAUGUUAUUCACCCAAGGCUGAUGGAGCUUAUUGUCUGCCAUGUGUUUUGUUUGGACACAAGUUUUCUUCCAAAUUAAGUAAAAUUAAAAAACUGUUUUCUGAAACUUUUAAGUACUGGCCUGAUGCUUGUGCCAACUUUGUGAAACAUGAGUCAAGUACUGGCCUUCAUGCUUACACAUCUGCUACGUUUACUAGUUUUAUGGCUAACUAUUUUGGUAAUUCUCAGCCGAUUGAUGUGCUUCUUGAUGCUAACCAUGAGAAGAAAAUUACUGAGAACAGAAAGAAAUUGAUACCAAUUGUUCAGGCCAUUAUUUACUCUGGUAGACAAGGGCAUGCUUUAAGAGGUCACCGUGAUGACUCACAAUAUCAUGGUGAAUUAGAAGAAUUUUUUGGUGGUCGGGUAGGAAAUUUUGUUGAACUUUUGAAUUUUAGAGUACAAGGUGGAGAUACAGCUCUUGCUGACCAUCUUAAAACUUGUCCCAAAAAUGCUACAUACAUUUCUAAAACUACCCAGAAUGAAUUAACCAACUGUUGUGGAUCUGUAAUUUUGGAUGAAAUAAUCCAAGAAGUAAAAUCAAACACUUUCUUUUCUAUUCUGGCAGACGAAGCUGCUGAUUUAUCUAAUAAAGAGCAAAUGUCCUUAGUUUUACGUUUUGUUGACAGUAAUUUGAAUAUACGUGAGGAGUUUGUUCAAUAUAUUCAUUGUGAUGAGGGGCUGGCAGGUAAAGACUUGAAAACUGUAAAUAUUAAGAACUGUCGGGGUCAAGCAUAUGAUGGUGCAGGUGCUGUUGCUGGGUAUAAGAAUGGACUUUCUGUCCAUAUUCUUAAUUUAAAUAAAAAGGCUAUAUAUGUUCAUUGCAACAGUCAUCGUUUAAAUUUAGCAGUUGGAAAAUCUUGUACAAUCAGCUUAGUUGCCCAUGUGAUGGCUAAAAUAAAACACAUUUCCUAUUUCUUUUACUAUUCUCAAAAAAGACAGCAAUCCCUUAUGAUUAACAUAGAUAAAUAUAGUCCGACUUCUAAAAAAACUAAAUUAAAGGAUGUUUGCCGUACUCGGUGGGUUGAACGAAUUACUGGUUUAGAUCUCUUUCAAGAGUUAUAUGUGCCUAUUUAUAUUACUUUGGAAGAGAUGAAAUUAAACUUAAAUCGACAGUUCAAUUAUGACACAUCAAAACAAGCUGUUGGUUUUUUUCACCAAAUAGCUAAUUUUGAAUUUCUUGUCACUCUGGUGAUCACAAGGAACGUAUUUGACAUAACACUUCCAGUUACUCAAUUACUACAAAAUAGAACAAUUGAUGUUAUGGACAGCAUAGAGCUUAUUCAAACAUUAAAAAAUGUUCUCCUUCAAACCAGAAAUAAUGUGGAACAUUUUCAUGAUAGGUGGUAUGAGGAGGCUCUUUCUCUUUGUGAAAAAGUAGGAAUUGUGGAGGAGAAGAAGAGGACUGUUGGAAGGCAAACCACAAGAGAUAAUCAUCCUUCUUUUUCAACUUCUGAUUACUAUAAAAUAUCAGUUACUAAUCCUCUUUUAGACCAUUUAAAUAGUGAAAUGAAGAAUCGUUUUCAACCGUUUUCUCUAAAUGCUUAUAAUGGCCUAUGCAUUGUUCCAGCAAAAAUGGUUUCUUUGAUUUCUGGAGGUAAAACAAACUGGAAGGAGAAAUUCAAGUCUUUUGUCUCUUUCUAUGAAAAUGACCUUCCAAAUAUACUUGGGCUUAAUGCUGAAUUAGAAAUUUGGGAGAAGUAUUGGAUUGAUUUUAAAGGAAAUAGACCCCAAACUAUUGCUCAAACGUUGAAGUCUAUUAAUCUAAAUGUCUUUGUUAAUUUGCAUGUGGCCCUAAGAAUUUUAGCCACUAUUCCUGUCACCACAUGUGAAUGUGAACGCUCUUUCUCUGCUAUGAGAAAACUUAAAAAUUAUACUCGCACUACUAUGGUAUCUGAACGCCUCAACGGGCUAGCGCUUAUGUAUAUUCACAAAGAAAUAGUGCCAGAUGUUGAUAAAGUUUUAAAUAAAUUUGCUAAAGAUAAAAGAAGACUUGAAUUAAUAUAA